AUGCCGCGGAUUCGCACGACGCGGACCAAGGCGCCGCCCGAGGGGUUCGAGGAGAUCGAGCCGAUUCUCGAUGAGUAUGAGAUGAAGAUGCGCGAUGCGGAGAAUGAAAGCCACGAGGGGAAGCGCAAGGCGGAGGCGCUGUGGCCGAUCCUGCGCAUUACGCAUAUGCGCUCGCGCUACAUUUACGACCUGUACUACAAGCGCGAGGCGAUCUCGCGCGAGCUGUAUGAUUGGUUGGUCGAUCAGGGAUACGCGGAUUCUUCUGCGUCCACUGCGCGCAUGUAG